AGAGCGAGGCUGCCCUCUACCACCGGCAUUCCCAGUAUGCACCGCGGACCGAGCAGCAAAAAAUAGUCCACUAACGAAAGACUGCGAAAAGGGAACCAGAAACAGAUAGCUUACCGGCUAAAACUCUGUCCAGUAAUAUUUAACGUAAUCAGAACUACUAACAUGGCCGACAACGAGAAACUGGACAACCAGCGACUAAAGAAUUUCAAGAACAAGGGCCGAGAUUUGGAGACGAUGAGAAGACAAAGGACUGAGGUUGUCGUGGAACUUCGAAAGAACAAAAGGGACGAGCAUCUGCUGAAGAGGAGAAAUGUUCCCCACGAGGACCUCUGUGAGGACUCUGAUCUUGAUGGAGAUUUCAGAUCACAAAACACCUCUCUUGAAGCAAUAGUACAAAAUGCCACUAGUGACAACCAGGGUGUCCAGCUGAGUGCUGUUCAGGCUGCUAGGAAGUUGUUGUCCAGUGACCGUAAUCCUCCCAUAGAUGACCUCAUUAAGUCUGGGAUCCUGCCUAUACUGGUCCACUGCCUGGACAGAGAUGACAAUCCAUCUCUCCAGUUUGAAGCUGCCUGGGCUUUAACCAACAUAGCAUCUGGCACCUCAGAGCAGACCCAGGCUGUGGUUCAGUCCAAUGCUGUUCCGCUGUUCUUGAGGCUGCUCCACUCUCCUCACCAGAAUGUCUGUGAACAGGCUGUCUGGGCCCUGGGUAAUAUCAUCGGGGAUGGUCCUCAGUGCCGAGACUAUGUGAUCAGCCUUGGUGUGGUUAAGCCCCUGCUGUCAUUCAUCAGCCCCUCCAUCCCCAUUACCUUCCUCCGCAAUGUCACCUGGGUCAUGGUCAACCUUUGCCGUCACAAGGACCCUCCACCACCCAUGGAAACAAUCCAGGAGAUCCUGCCAGCUCUCUGUGUGCUGAUUCAUCACACUGAUGUCAGUAUCUUGGUGGACACCGUGUGGGCUUUGUCUUACCUGACUGAUGCUGGAAAUGAGCAGAUCCAAAUGGUCAUCGACUCAGGCAUUGUCCCUCAUCUGGUACCUCUACUGAGUCACCAAGAGGUCAAAGUUCAGACUGCUGCCCUCAGGGCCGUUGGGAACAUAGUGACCGGCACAGACGAGCAGACGCAGGUAGUGCUCAACUGUGACGCCCUCAGCCACUUCCCAGCACUCCUCACCCACCCAAAAGAGAAAAUCAACAAGGAGGCAGUGUGGUUCCUGUCCAACAUUACAGCAGGGAACCAGCAGCAGGUGCAGGCAGUCAUAGAUGCCAAGCUGGUCCCCAUGAUCAUCCACCUGCUUGACAAGGGCGACUUUGGCACCCAGAAAGAAGCAGCGUGGGCCAUCAGUAACCUGACAAUAAGUGGCAGAAAAGAUCAGGUGGCUCACCUCAUUGAGAAACAGGUGAUUCCUCCCUUCUGCAACCUGCUCACAGUGAAGGACGCUCAGGUGGUGCAGGUCGUCCUUGAUGGUCUCAGCAAUAUCCUAAAGAUGGCUGACGACGAGGCAGAAACUAUUGCUAACCUCAUUGAGGAAUGUGGAGGUUUGGAAAAAGUGGAGCAACUUCAAAAUCACGAAAAUGAAGAUAUCUACAAAUUGGCUUACGAAAUUAUUGAUCAGUACUUCUCAUCUGAUGAUAUCGAUGAAGACACCAGCCUGGUCCCAGAGACCAUCCAGGGCGGGACUUACGGCUUUAACUCUGCCAACGUGCCAGCCGAGGGAUUCCAGUUCUAGACGUCAUCUGGGGUAUUCUGGAGUUUUGUUCACGAUGCAGCACUCUGUUCAACAUAAAUAAAUUAGGAGAGAAAGAGCGAGAGAGAGCGAGUGUGAGAAAUUCGAUCCAUUGUGCUUGGCUCGUGGGAUCCAUGGCUGCAUCUUAUCUGAAAGGAAAAUAUACAGAUUUCAUUUGGCAUUCCAGGGGAACCGGCCCAAAUGAAGUUUGAGAUGGCGAGUGGGUGCGAGUGAGAAUGAGUGGCUACAUGUUGAAAACAAAAAAUAAGCAAAACAUCCACAUCGAAUGCGUUGAGAGACAUGCCGACAUAACUUCUGUGUUAUUGGAGCGGUCGUCUUCGGAAAACUUCCUCAAAUGACAACAAAAAAAAGUCGAUGUCUAACCAGGGAGAACCAUGGACAUUCACAAAAAAGCUAUCAAGAGAUCUUGAAACAUAACGACAAAACACAGAAAGAAAAUACUGUCAAUAAGGACUGAGAUGAACCUCAAACCAUCGCAACUCUGCGGUCCUCCGACUUGAGACGGCACCAGCCUCAAUGUGCCCCUCCCCCAAUCGGCCACGCUAUUAGACAUGUGUGUGUAUGGACCCAUUGUGUAUGACUGUCUGGACUCAGUGCUGAGGAGCCAGGUUCAUCUCCUCCAACAAAGACGCCCCGGCCGACGGGGCGCCAUCCUCUCCCCCCUGGUGGGCAUGGCCAGGAGUCCGGCUGCGCGUGUCGCAUGUGAGAGCGAGAGUGGGACGGCUGACUUGUGUGUGCGUGAGUGGGAGUGUGCAAGGCUGGGUGAGAACGCAUGCAGAGACGGGAAAAGAUACAAAAAGAUCCGAAGAGAAACAAUUGAAAAACGCAACAAUAAGUUUAGCAAAGGAUUCAGGAAAGAAAUUCUGCCUUUGUGUGAGACUGAUCCUCAAGUCCCUGAAAGGAAGAACUUUGGACAUGGAAAACAAAAAAAAUCGUCAUCUAAGGACUUUAUUUUUUUUUUCUUUUGGUGAACUUUUAAGUUAGUAUUCACUGACACUGGACAAUGUUAAAGGCAAUGUGGAGCAGCAGUGCAUUGAAUUAAGAUGCUUUUGGGCUUUUCUUUCUGCCUCCAGUGUGUUUCCUUUAUGUUUAUAUUUUCCGUUUCAGCUUUUAGUUUCACUGCUUCUGUAACAGUGACUUGAUGACGAUUGUAUUACACCUCUCCACCAGAACCUGAAGCACCGGACUUUGGGCUCUGAAAUUCUGACACCAUAAACCCUAAUCAACCAAACGAUCUGUUCCUCCUGUAACUUCCUCUUUUUAUCAUUUAAGUUUUACAGCAAAAAUCACAGCUUGCAGUAUUGUUGCCAUAGCUUUGAUUAUCACCGAGGGAGAAUAGAACAACAGCCUUGUCACAUAGGAUUGUUAAUCAUAACCUUUGCAUGUACUAAACUAUAGCACAGUUCUUUUUAGGGUAUUUUAGUUUCCUUAGACUGUGGUAACAGUGUAAUUUUUCAUUUUUAAGUAAAACUGUGCUUAGAUGUUACAUGUUUACCCUUCCCUUAGUCUAUGCUAGUGUCCAGUUUGCAAAAUAAUCUGUAUGGUUUUGCACAUCAUUCUGCAAAGUGAGGCCUGAAAUCUUUCUGGGGUUUACCUGCAAACGUUCUCCGGAUUAUGCGGCGCAACCCCGGCUUUUGAUUUUUCUAGACAGAUCCAUCGAUCCCUUUUCGUGAUACUUGAGAGAACAUUAACUUUAUUUCAGGAGCAGCAGGAAUUAAUCUGCUAAUGUAUAUCAAUUAAAGAGGGACUCAAAAGUCCUUUUUCUUGUGGUGUCCCAAAUGCAGACUGGAGUUGUUCUUUGUGGGUUUCCCUAAAUAAUAUAUAAACUGGCAAACAAAUUUGCUGUAACAUGAGUACCCUGCAGUCCCCCUCUUUCUUCCUCUUACCAGCUAGGUGUACAAGCUUACCCCCCCCUUUUCAGUUUUUGUUACCUUGAUACACUGUAGUGAUGAUUACACAUUGUGCUCACGAUCCUUCUGUUUAAACAUAGUUUUUUUUCCUUCCUUUUUUUUCAUUUGGUUUUGCAGCAUUCCUUGUUAGCAAACGUGGUUUCAAAUCUAAAACUAUUGAAGGAAAAAAAUAAAAUGCGGCUUUGCCUGAGAACAAGUUUUUUGGGAAAGGCUGCAGGAUGGGUUAUCUUCAAGAAAAUAAAUGGUGAAACCCUGA